CUUCAGCAGCCCCCACCACGGCCGGACCGAAGGUGCGGCGGCGGAGGGGAGCCUGGGCGCCCCAGCAGGUUUCCAGUAAUUAUCUGCAGGAAUCGCCAUGACCCCAGCUCUGAGGGACGCAACAGCAAAGGGUAUCUUCUUUUCAUCUUUGCCACGUACCAUGGAGUCUGACAAGAUGCUAUGCAUGGAAAGCCCAAGAACUGUAGAUGAAAAGCUAAAGAGAGACACUUUCUCUCAGAUGCUGGGAUUUCCAACUUCUGAACCGACUCUUAAUACUAAUUUUGUGAAUUUAAAACAUUUUGGCUCCCCUCAGUCUUCAAAACAUUAUCAGACAGUUCUUUUAAUGAGUUCUAAUUCUACAUUGAAUAAAUACAAUGAGAAUUAUAAACAAAAGAAAAUAGCGAAACCCAAUUGCAAUAAGCUGAAAAACAUACUAUGUAAUGGCAGCAACAUUCAGCUCAGUAAAAGCUUCCCUUCUCAUUCUGAAGAGUUCAUCAAAAAGGAACCUUUAUCAGAUACCUCAAGGCAGUGCAUGAAAGAUGUACAAAUUAUUUUGAAUUCAAAUAUAACCAAAGAUGCUAAUGUAGAUAAAGUACAACUGCAAAACUGUAAAUGGUACCAAAAGAAUGCACUUUUGGUUAAAGUUACUGAUGCUGAGAUUAAAAAGGGUUUAUUGCGUUGUGCUCAAAAGGAAAUCGGACCUGGCCACUCAAAUGUGCCUAUUAAUUCCUCAGCUACUGAAAAAGAGGAGGAGGUGAAUGCUCGCUUACUUCAUUGUGUAAGCAAACAGAAAAUUUUACUUAGCCAGGCUAGAAGAACUCAGAAACAUUUGCAGAUGCUCCUGGCGAAGUAUGUUGUUAAGCACUAUGGUCAGCAAAUGAAAUUUUCUAUGAAACAUCAACUCCCCAAAAUGAAGAUCUUUCAUGAACCUACCAUGGUUUUGGAUAACAGUUUACCUGAAUGCACUGAAAUUAAACCAGAAGUCAAUAUAUUGACUGCAGAGAAUAAAUUGUGGGAUGAUACAAAAAAUGGCUUUGCACAGUGUACAUCUGCAGAAAUCCAAAGAUUUGCACUGUCUGCUACGGGGCUGUUGUCUCAUGUUGAAGAGGGUCUGGAUUCUGAUGCAACUGACAGCAGCUCUGAUGACGAUUUGGAUGAAUAUACCAUUAGAAAAAAUGUGGCAGUUAACUGUAGUACUGAAUGGAAGUGGCUUGUAGACAGAGCGAGAGUUGGCAGCCGAUGGACUUGGCUUCAAGCCCAGAUUUCAGAGCUAGAAUAUAAAAUCCAGCAACUGACAGACAUUCACAGGCAGAUUCGUGCCUCCAAGGAGAUAGUGAUCCUAGAAGAAUGUCAACUUCCAAAAGACAUUUUGAAAAAACAAAUACAAUUUGCAGAUCAAGCAGCUUCGUUAAAUACUACAGGGAAUCCUCAGGUUCCCCAAGAGAGUCAAGAUUCUUUACCAGAACAAGAUUUUGAAAUGUCACCAAGCAGUCCUACACUACUUCUUCGAAACAUAGAAAAACAGAGUGCACAAUUGAGUGAGAUCAUCAACAGUUUGAUUGCCCCUCUCAACUUUUCCCCAACUUCAUCACCCCUCUCCUCCAAAUCCUGUAACCAUAAAUGUCUGGCUAAUGGCAUUUCCAGAAGUGCUUCAGAGAAUUUAGAUGAGCUCUCUUCCUCCAGUAGUUGGUUACUUAACCAGAAGCACAAUAAGAAAAGGAGAAAAGACAGGACGAGAUUGAAAUCUCCAUCCUUGACUGUCAUGAAUACGGCAGCCAGAACAAGGCCACUUCAGAGUUUCCACAAACGAAAACUCUACAGACUGAGCCCUACUUUUUAUUGGACUCCUCAGACUUUGCCUUCAAAAGAAACAACAUUUUUAAAUACUACACAAAUGUCUUGCCUGCAGUCAGCUUCAACUUGGAGUAGCUGCAAACAUAAUUCAAAGUCUCAGAUAUUAAGAGAACAUGUAUCAGAGUUAGAUUCCUCUUUCCAUUCUGUUCUGUCACUGCCAUCAGAUGUGCCUCUUCAUUUUCACUUUGAAACAUUGUUAAAAAACACUGAAUUAAAAGGAGACCUUGCCGAAAAUAAAUUUGUAGGAGACUGUAUCAUAUCUCCAUCACCUGUACAUAGUAAUUCUCUGAAUCAAAGGAGAAAUGGAUAUUUACCGACAUAUAAGCCUCAAAUAAGGUCAGAAUCUUCUGCACAACUGUUACAGGGAAGAAAGAAAAGACAUUUGAGUGAAACAGCAUUAGGAGAAAGAACCAGACUUGAAGAAUUUGCUUUUCAACAUUCAGAACCAGGAUCCCAUAGCAAUUUUACUGCUGUUUCUAACGUCAUUAUACCAAGAACCCAGAAUGCAUCAUCACAAACUACUGCACGACGGAGAUUAAGAAGUGAGAGCUCUUAUGAUAUAGAUAACAUUGUGAUUCCCAUGUCAUUAGUAGCCCCAGCGAAGUUAGAGAAACUCCAAUAUAAGGAAAUACUUACUCCAAGCUGGAGGAUGGUUGUUCUUCAGCCUUUGGAUGAAUGUAAUUUAGGUGAAGAAGAGAUAGAAGACCUUUCUGAUGAAGUCUUCUCCCUAAGACACAAAAAACACGAAGAGAGAGAGCAAGCCAGGUGGUCACUAUGGGAACAAAGCAAGUGGCAUAGAAGAAACAGCAGAACUUACAGUAAAAAUGUUGAAGGACAGGACUUGCUUUUGAAAGAAUACCCUAAUGACUCUAGUAGCAGUCAGCAAUGCACUACUGAAAGUCCUCUUGAGUUUCCUUCAGAGAGCCAAGGUCUGUGUGCACAGGGCUCACCUUCUUUAAAUGAAAGUCAAGAAAUGAAGUCUUUGUGCUGGGAACUACGGGCUUUUCCGCUGAAGGAUGAAGACACAGCAGCCUUAUUAUACCAAGAUGAAAAAAAGGAUCAGAUUGAAAGGUCAAACACAGCUUUCCAUGAUGAAAUCUUUUGUACCAGUGCACCAGAGAAUGUACACCAUCCAAAAAAGCAGUCAGAUGGAAUGGAAGAGUAUAAAACCUUUUGUCUAGGACUCACUAAUGUUAAAAAAUAUAGGUGACAGGGAACAGGUUAAGAAAACUAUGUAAGUGAAGUGAAGUGAAGACAGGAGGAAAAAAAGCCCUGUUCUGGAUCUCUCACCACUCUGGUCACAAUUCCAGAAUCAGAGCAUGUACUACUGCAUGUAUUAAUCUUUUAUUCUGUUUAUGAAACAGGCAAGAUAAGUCUCUUUUUCCUUCUUGAACCACAGGAGUAAUUAGCUUUUCACCUACAGACAAGUGCUAGUCAUUUGUGUUUAUCAUGCAAAUUACAAGCACCAAGAUAUUAACUGCUGCAAUUUUAUGUCAAAUCAUAUUAGUGGGUAAUUUUUAAGACUAUAAACCCACACAUACAUACAUAUAUAUACACACACAAACCUGUGUGUCAGAUGACAGCUGUUCUUUUUCCUAUACACAUGGUAAUUCAUUGAAAUUGCCUCUGAAAUAUAUUAGAAUAUACAAAUACUUGUGUAUAGAAUAUAUCACAUAUGCACACACAUACAUAGUUUUUAAAAAAACACUGUCAAUGACUCACUCCACUUGAAUAUGUAUGUAUGAACUACCCUAUGAAAAUAUAAACUGCAGUGUAUAUAAAGCGUGGGUUUCCACUGAUAAAAGAUAUCUAAAAGUCUUGACCAUGGAGAGGGAGGGUUUUUUUGUUUUUUUUUUUAACAUGUUUAACCAAUAGUAGAAGUUAUUUAUGGAAACUGUUACACAAGAUAACACAAUACUCCUUUUUUCGAAAUCACUGGUAUCUGUUAGACUAACGCCUAACAGAAUAAGACAAGGAAAUUAGAAUUAAAUAUUGAUUCAUUUUAAAUCUAUCACAUCUUUGGAAACUCAACUUGCAUUUUAUCUACUUUAUGUAUCUUAGAAAGACAAGACACCAAUUUAAAAUGAGCAACAAACAGAAAAGUCCCAUCAGUCUAAAAUUUUUUAAAUGGUUGUAUUUCUAGCUAACUAGCUAGAAAUUAGUAAUUCUUGCUAGAAUUAGUAAUUAAAUGGAAUUACUAAUUGCUAGCUAAUGUAGAAAUAUUGCAUAUUUCUAGCUAAUUUGGUCAUUCCUUGCCAUAGCUUAUUCUAUUCAAAGGAACAUCUAUUCUUACUUGCAUCCUAGAUUGAGAAUUAAAUUUUUUCAAAUUUUUAAAAUGAAAAGUGUACAUUCAGGAAAAUUCCUUUUGAAGCUACUAUACCAUUUUUUCCUAUAUGAAAGUUGAGGAAAAUUUAUAUGAAUCACUUUUUGUCAUAUAAAAAAGAUUAGUCAAGUUGUAGUGCCCAUAUACGUGAAAAUCCUGGCCAUCUGGCCUAGUCUGUGGGAUUUGACACUAAGUUUUUGUUAGGGACUGGAAACUGGUCCCUUUAAAGGGGGGAAAAAUUCAAAUUCAGUACUGACAAACUUUUGCUUGUAGUUUUACUGUACAUUUAUUUUUAAAGAAAAAGAAAACAAAAGCCAGACAAACUCAAGUUGUCCAGGCAAAUAAACUCAAAUCUUUGUUACGUCUGAUAUUAUAAUCUUCUAUGUAAAUUUUUUAAUUAAAGUUAUUUCUAAAUGCC